CUGCCGUAGCCCCGCACAGUAAACAGGAAGCAGAACUCUUCACCUGGGCCUCGACAUUGGGGUGAAAAAGGCCCGGGCUUCAGGAGACACCCGUCCACAGCUGCUGUUGCGUACGUUUUCGGGGAGUCAGCGCUUUCCUGCCUCCCUCGCCCGGUCCUGCUCCAGUCGAGGUGUUUUGUCCUGAGCCAGCUCCCAUCUUUUUAUACAGAAGUGUCACCAGAACCAUGGCCGAAUACUCCUAUGUGAAGUCCACCAAACUCGUGCUCAAGGGAACCAAGGCUAAGAGUAAGAAAAAGAAGAGCAAAGAGAAGAAGAGAAAAAGAGAAGAUGAUGAAGAAACCCAACUUGAUAUUGUUGGAAUCUGGUGGACAGUUACAAACUUUGGUGAAAUUUCAGGAACCAUAGCAAUUGAAAUGGAUAAAGGAACCUACAUACAUGCACUUGACAAUGGACUUUUUACACUAGGAGCGCCACAUAAGGAAGUUGAUGAGGGCCCUAGUCCUCCAGAGCAGUUUACAGCUGUCAAAUUAUCUGAUUCCAGAAUUGCCCUGAAAUCUGGCUAUGGAAAAUACCUUGGUAUCAAUUCAGAUGGACUUGUUGUUGGGCGUUCAGAUGCAAUUGGACCAAGAGAACAAUGGGAACCAGUCUUUCAAGAUGGGAAAAUGGCUUUAUUGGCCUCAAAUAGCUGCUUUAUUAGAUGCAAUGAAGCAGGUGAUAUAGAAGCAAAAAGUAAAACAGCAGGAGAAGAAGAAAUGAUAAAGAUUAGGUCCUGUGCUGAAAGAGAAACUGAGAAAAAAGAUGAUAUUCCAGAAGAAGACAAAGGAAAUGUUAAACAGUGUGAAAUCAAUUACGUAAAGAAAUUUCAGAGCUUCCAAGACCACAAACUUAAAAUAAGUAAAGAAGACAAUAAAAUUCUUAAAAAGGCCCGGAAAGAUGGAUUUUUGCAUGAAACACUUCUGGACAGGAGAGCCAAAUUGAAAGCAGAUAGAUACUGCAAAUGACCAGGCUUUUUGUUUGUCUUCUCUUUUUGUUGUUUUUGUUUGUUUGUUUUGUUUUUUCCUGAAUAAAAAUCAGUGAAAAUGUUUUUGCAGAGUUCUUGGGCUGUUCAGGAAUUAUUGCUAAACUAUUGUAGUGGCUAGUUUAACCAAGAUUAAUCAAGAGAUUCUCCAUGGAUAUACUUUUUAGUUAACUGCAGUGCUUCACAUGAAAAUGAAACUUAGAAUACACACUUAAAGUGCCA